AUGAUUGUAGCAAAAUCAAUUUCCUCCUUUCUGUUUCAGCUUGGUGGUUUAUUAGGCGUAAGUACUGCACAUCACUUUUAACGGGAAUAUCAUUAAUUAUUUUUUAAAAAACAACAAUAUUGAGCAAUCAAAUCAACUGCAUGUCAUAAUUGCCCACAACUGUUUACCCCAGAUGCCAGUUGCCUCUCGUUUCUGUCAAUCACAAUCUGUCUUUUAGGAUCAGGCAGUCUUGCAGAGGCCACAGGCAAAAGUGAUACGAGUUAGAUAAGGAUCGCUGGGAUGAUGCAUCAAGGAGGAUGGUGCCACUGACAAUAUGGGUAGAAAUAUUGAUUUCAUCCUUUCUGUUUCAGUGGUGGUUUUCUAAGUGUGAAUUUAGUAUAUUAGUGAUUUUAUAUCUUUAAUCUUUGAAGAUAUUUAACAAUAUAUCUUCAUUCUUUGAAGGUAUUUAACACACACACACAGAUGGGGAGAGAGAGAGAGAUUAAAUGUGACUGUGGCUUUAACAUAAGGAGUAGUUUGUCCUGGAGCAGCAUCAGAACAGGUGAAGUGUGAGUUGCAAUGGCUGCAAAAUGCAAAGCAGUCCCAAAGGUACAAGUUCCGAAGUUGCUUUGAGAAAUGUUGUUGACUGCAAAGUUCUUCAUCAGUUCCAACAAGAUUCAACAGCUCUAGGAGUUAUUUGGUAGGUUUUGUUGGAAAAACGCCCGGGAAGGCCGCCACCUUCAUGCUUCAAAGUUCUGUAUGCUAAUAAAGUGAUGCCAAGGUUUACAGCAGAUAAAGGAUCUUUUAUACAGCCUACUUGCUCCCUUGAAUACUCAUAAGAGUACCAUGGUUGUGAUCCUUGAAGGUAGUUAAAACACACACACCCCACGAACACACAUAGAUGAAAUGUGCCUGUGGCUUUAACAUAAGAAGUAGGUUGCCCUGGAAUAGUUUGGCAGUGUGAAAUAAUCAAAAAGUUCACUAUGUUUAUCAUGUUCAUGAAACAUGAAGGAAUAACAUAUUUCUUUAUCUUGUUUAGGGCGGUGGUAGCAGACGUGUGAGUAUUGGAAAUCCUCUAUGUAAUGCUUAAUGAUCCACAACAUCCUUCAGUGGGGGAGGGGCCUUGUCCUUACUGCAAGAUAUUGCUGAUUAGUUCAUUGAAGUGUCCCUCAAUAUUGGCUGAUGAGAUUCGUGCCACAAUACUGCUGCAUGAUUGAAAUGGUUAAGGCAUACUGGCUGCAUGACAUGGCCCUUAUACUUGCAAAAACAAAUACGUAAACAAAAGUGUUGUGUGAAGGCAUAUUAGGCUAUACAAAAAAAAGGGGGGGGAACCCAGCCUGUUAGGUAUCUUAUUUUUGAGUUAGUGAGUCCUGGGUCUAAAAAGGUUGGAGAUACCUGAUGUAGUUAUGAAUGCCAAUGCAGCACUUUCCCUGUUAUGACCAUUCACUGCACAAACAACCCAAACACUUCUGGGAAAGAGAUGUUUAUGUCAGAAGUGUGGCUGAUUUUCUAUACUCCCACAAAGAUAUUAAAGGGUGUUAAAACUAAAGAAACAGUGCUUAAAGGAGAUGUUGAUUGUCUAAAAAUUGAUUUCCUCCUUUUUAUUUCAGGAGGGCGGUUUACUAGGCGUGAGUAUUGCAAGUUACUUUUAAUUGGAACAUUAUUAAUUGUCACCGGGGUCAACAGAGGAGGAUGGGCAUAGCCAUUCUCUCCAAACCAUGAUCAGACUUCUUGUUGUUUUUAAAGACAGUUUGAAUGAUAUGUCAGAUACAAUCUGGCUGUAUGGUCACAGGUGGAAGUCUGACAUUGGCUUCAAAGUUCUGCAUACUCCUUUCUCCUCUCUAUCUCAUAGUAGUGGUUUACUAGUGUGAGUAUUUUAUAUUACUUUUAAUUAGAGAGGGAAAUACCUCCAACCUUUCAAGAUAUUUAACACAGAGAAACAGAGAGAGCGAGAGACAUUAAAUGUGAUUUUGGCUUUAAUAGAAGGAGUAGUUUGUCCUGCAGUAGCAUCAUAACAGGAGAUGGGUGAGUAGUAAUGGCUGCAAAAUGCAAAGCAGUCCCAAUGGUAGAAGUUGCAAAGUUGCUUUGAGAAAUGCUGUUCUAAUGAAACAUCAAGACUCCUUGGCUACAAAGCUCUGUCAUCAGGUCCAACAAGAUUCAACAGCUCUAGGAGUUAUUUGGUAGGUCUAUCAGGCUUCACAGUUCUGCAUGCUGUUACAGUGAUGCCUAGGUUUACAGCAGAUAAAGGACCUGGGAUACAGCCUACUUUCUCCUUGCAUACUCAUAGCAGUAUCAUGGCAACAAUCCUUGAAGGCAGAUAAAACACCCCACACCCCCACAAACACACAAAGAUAGAUGAAAUGUGCCUGUGGCUUUAAACAUAAGGAGUAGGUGGCCCUGGACUAGCAUCCUAAGAGGGGAAGAUCAAUAGCAAUGGCUGCAAAAUUCAAACCAGUCAAAACUGUAGAAGUUGCCAGGACAGUAGGACGUCCAGUCAAUGAUGCCUUCUAUUGAAGAAAUUUGACAUAAGCGAGACCUAUUUAGAACAGGCAGCAAGUCCACAUUUGUCUGUGUGAAAUCAUCAAAAUGUUCACUUAUUUAUCAUGUUCCUAUAAUACGAUUGACUAACAUAUUUCUUUAUCAUCUUUAGGGCGUUCUUGGUGGAAAUGUGAGUAUUGGCAAUCCUCUAUGUAAUGCCUUAAUGAUCCACACCAUCCUUCACUGGGGGGCUUGUGUUUCCUGCAAGAUUUUGCAGAUUAGUUCAUUGAAGUGUCCCUCAAUAUUGGCUGAUGAGAUUUGUGCCACAAUACUGCUGUGUGAUUGAAAUGGUUAAGGCAUACUGGCUGCAUAACAUGGCCCUUAUAAUUUGCAAAAACAAAUACGUAAACCAAAGUAUUAUGUGAAGGUAUAUAAUAUCAUACAAAAUCAAAACAAAAACAAAAACCUGUUAGGUAUCUUAUUUUUGAUCGCCUAGUUAGUGAGUCCUGGAUCUAAAAAGGUUGAAGAUACCUGAUGUAGGUUAUGAAUGCCAAUGCUGCGUUUUCCCUGUUAUGACCAUUCACUGCACAAACAACCCAAAUAUUUCUGAGAAAGAGAUGUUUAUGCCAGAAGUGUGCCUGAUUUUGUAUACUCCCACAAAGAUAUUAAAGGGCGUUAAAACUAAAGAAACAGUGCUUAAAGGAGAUGUUGAUUGUCUAAAAAUUGAUUUCCUCCUUUUUAUUUCAGGAUGGCGGUUUACUAGGCGUGAGUAUUGCAAGUUACUUUUAAUUGGAACAUUAUUAAUUGUCACCGGGGUCAACAGAGGAGGAAGGGCAUAGCCAUUCUCUGCAAACCAUGAUCAGACUUCUUGUUGUUUUUAAAGACAGUUUGAAUGAUAUGUCAGAUACAAUCUGGCUGUAUGGUCACAGGUGGAAGUCUGACAUUGGCUUCAAAGUUCUGCAUACUCCUUUCUCCUUUCUAUCUCAUAGUAGUGGUUUACUAGUGUGAGUAUUUUAUAUUACUUUUAAUUAGAGAGGGAAAUACCUCCAACCUUUCAAGAUAUUUAACACAGAGAAACAGAGAGAGCGAGAGACAUUAAAUGUGAUUUUGGCUUUAAUAGAAGGAGUAGUUUGUCCUGCAGUAGCAUCAUAACAGGCGAUGGGUGAGUAGUAAUGGCUGCAAAAUGCAAAGCAGUCCCAAUGGUAGAAGUUGCAAAGUUGCUUUGAGAAAUGCUGUUCUAAUGAAACAUCAAGACUCCUUGGCUACAAAGCUCUGUCAUCAGGUCCAACAAGAUUCAACAGCUCUAGGAGUUAUUUGGUAGGUCUAUCAGGCUUCACAGUUCUGCAUGCUGUUACAGUGAUGCCUAGGUUUACAGCAGAUAAAGGACCUGGGAUACAGCCUACUUUCUCCUUGCAUACUCAUAGCAGUAUCAUGGCAACAAUCCUUGAAGGCAGAUAAAACACCCCACACCCCCACAAACACACAAAGAUAGAUGAAAUGUGCCUGUGGCUUUAAACAUAAGGAGUAGGUGGCCCUGGACUAGCAUCCUAAGAGGGGAAAGAUCAAUAGCAAUGGCUGCAAAAUUCAAACCAGUCAAAACUGUAGAAGUUGCCAGGACAGUAGGACGUCCAGUCAAUGAUGCCUUCUAUUGAAGAAAUUUGACAUAAGCGAGACCUAUUUAGAACAGGCAGCAAGUCCACAUUUGUCUGUGUGAAAUCAUCAAAAUGUUCACUUAUUUAUCAUGUUCCUAUAAUACGAUUGACUAACAUAUUUCUUUAUCAUCUUUAGGGCGUUCUUGGUGGAAAUGUGAGUAUUGGCAAUCCUCUAUGUAAUGCCUUAAUGAACCCCAACACCCUUCCCUGGGGGGCUUGUGUUUCCUGCAAGAUUUUGCAGAUUAGUUCAUUGAAGUGUCCCUCAAUAUUGGCUGAUGAGAUUUGUGCCACAAUACUGCUGUGUGAUUGAAAUGGUUAAGGCAUACUGGCUGCAUAACAUGGCCCUUAUAAUUUGCAAAAACAAAUACGUAAACCAAAGUAUUAUGUGAAGGUAUAUAAUAUCAUACAAAAUCAAAACAAAAACAAAAACCUGUUAGGUAUCUUAUUUUUGAUCGCCUAGUUAGUGAGUCCUGGAUCUAAAAAAGGUUGAAGAUACCUGAUGUAGGUUAUGAAUGCCAAUGCUGCGUUUUCCCUGUUAUGGCCAUUCACUGCACAAACAACCCAAAUAUUUCUGAGAAAGAGAUGUUUAUGCCAGAAGUGUGCCUGAUUUUGUAUACUCCCACAAAGAUAUUAAAGGGCGUUAAAACUAAAGAAACAGUGCUUAAAGGAGAUGUUGAUUGUCUAAAAAUUGAUUUCCUCCUUUUUAUUUCAGGAUGGCGGUUUACUAGGCGUGAGUAUUGCAAGUUACUUUUAAUUGGAACAUUAUUAAUUGUCACCGGGGUCAACAGAGGAGGAAGGGCAUAGCCAUUCUCUGCAAACCGUGAUCAGACUUCUUGUUGUUUUUAAAGACAGUUUGAAUGAUAUGUCAGAUACAAUCUGGCUGUAUGGUCACAGGUGGAAGUCUGACAUUGGCUUCAAAGUUCUGCAUACUCCUUUCUCCUUUCUAUCUCAUAGUAGUGGUUUACUAGUGUGAGUAUUUUAUAUUACUUUUAAUUAGAGAGGGAAAUACCUCCAACCUUUCAAGAUAUUUAACACAGAGAAACAGAGAGAGCGAGAGACAUUAAAUGUGAUUUUGGCUUUAAUAGAAGGAGUAGUUUGUCCUGCAGUAGCAUCAUAACAGGCGAUGGGUGAGUAGUAAUGGCUGCAAAAUGCAAAGCAGUCCCAAUGGUAGAAGUUGCAAAGUUGCUUUGAGAAAUGCUGUUCUAAUGAAACAUCAAGACUCCUUGGCUACAAAGCUCUGUCAUCAGGUCCAACAAGAUUCAACAGCUCUAGGAGUUAUUUGGUAGGUCUAUCAGGCUUCACAGUUCUGCAUGCUGUUACAGUGAUGCCUAGGUUUACAGCAGAUAAAGGACCUGGGAUACAGCCUACUUUCUCCUUGCAUACUCAUAGCAGUAUCAUGGCAACAAUCCUUGAAGGCAGAUAAAACACCCCCACACCCCCACAAACACACAAAGAUAGAUGAAAUGUGCCUGUGGCUUUAAACAUAAGGAGUAGGUGGCCCUGGACUAGCAUCCUAAGAGGGAAAGAUCAAUAGCAAUGGCUGCAAAAUUCAAACCAGUCAAAACUGUAGAAGUUGCCAGGACAGUAGGACGUCCAGUCAAUGAUGCCUUCUAUUGAAGAAAUUUGACAUAAGCGAGACCUAUUUAGAACAGGCAGCAAGUCCACAUUUGUCUGUGUGAAAUCAUCAAAAUGUUCACUUAUUUAUCAUGUUCCUAUAAUACGAUUGACUAACAUAUUUCUUUAUCAUCUUUAGGGCGUUCUUGGUGGAAAUGUAGUAUUGGCAAUCCUCUAUGUAAUGCCUUAAUGAUCCACAACAUCCUUCACUGGGGGGCUUGUGUUUCCUGCAAGAUUUUGCAGAUUAGUUCAUUGAAGUGUCCCUCAAUAUUGGCUGAUGAGAUUUGUGCCACAAUACUGCUGUGUGAUUGAAAUGGUUAAGGCAUACUGGCUGCAUAACAUGGCCCUUAUAAUUUGCAAAAACAAAUACGUAAACCAAAGUAUUAUGUGAAGGUAUAUAAUAUCAUACAAAAUCAAAACAAAAACAAAAACCUGUUAGGUAUCUUAUUUUUGAUCGCCUAGUUAGUGAGUCCUGGAUCUAAAAAGGUUGAAGAUACCUGAGGUAGGUUAUGAAUGCCAAUGCUGCGUUUUCCCUGUUAUGGCCAUUCACUGCACAAACAACCCAAAUAUUUCUGAGAAAGAGAUGUUUAUGCCAGAAGUGUGCCUGAUUUUGUAUACUCCCACAAAGAUAUUAAAGGGCGUUAAAACUAAAGAAACAGUGCUUAAAGGAGAUGUUGAUUGUCUAAAAAUUGAUUUCCUCCUUUUUAUUUCAGGAUGGCGGUUUACUAGGCGUGAGUAUUGCAAGUUACUUUUAAUUGGAACAUUAUUAAUUGUCACCGGGGGUCAACAGAGGAGGAAGGGCAUAGCCAUUCUCUGCAAACCGUGAUCAGACUUCUUGUUGUUUUUAAAGACAGUUUGAAUGAUAUGUCAGAUACAAUCUGGCUGUAUGGUCACAGGUGGAAGUCUGACAUUGGCUUCAAAGUUCUGCAUACUCCUUUCUCCUUUCUAUCUCUUAGUAGUGGUUUACUAGUGUGAGUAUUUUAUAUUACUUUUAAUUAGAGAGGGAAAUACCUCCAACCUUUCAAGAUAUUUAACACAGAGAAACAGAAAGAGUGAGAGAAAUUAAAUGUUAUUGUGGCUUUAACAUAAGGAGUAGUUUGUCCUGGAGCAGCAUCAUUACUGGUGAAGGGUGAGUAGCAAUGGCUGCAAAAUGCAAAGCAGUCCCAAUGGUAGAAGUUGCAAAGUUGCUUUGAGAAAUGCUGUUCCAAUGAAACGUCAAGACUCCUUGGCUGCAAAGCUCUGUCAUCAGGUCCAACGAAAUUCAACAGCUCUAGGAGUUAUUUGGUAGGUCUAUCAGGCUUCACAGUUCUGCAUGCUGUUACAGUGAUGCCUAGGUUUACAGCAGAUAAAGGACCUGGGAUACAGCCUACUUUCUCCUUGCAUACUCAUAGCAGUACCAUGGCAACAAUCCUUGAAGGCAGAUAAAACACACACACACCCCCUCAAACACACAAAGGUAGAUGAAAUGUGCCUGUGGCUUUAAACAUAAGGAGUAGGUGGCCCUGGACUAGCAUCCUUUUUUUUUUUUUUUAAAUGAUUUUUAUUAAGAUUUCAGUAAAAGAUUAAACAGAAAAACAGAAAAAAGAAAUACACAAAUACACAGUACAUAAUCCAAAGAACAAAAAAGCACAGAAAACAAACAAACAAACAAAAACAACCGAACAAUUAAAAACAAUAUCACCUUUUCAUUUCCGUUUUUAAAUUUACUUAUUUUCUGGACCUCCUCAUACCUCCCUCUUUUGUAAUCUAGUCCAAAUUGUUUGUCCAGCAAUUUCUUUUCCACUUUUUUAAUCCCAAUCUUUAAUCUUAAUAUAAUAUAGCAUUAAACUUUUACCUCUUAAAUACCAAAUUUCCAUUUCCUUAAACUUCUUUAAUCCUAAUCUUUAAUCUUAGUCUAUCUAUAACUUUGAAUCCUGUACAGCUGGAAAACACUUAUUUUCAAUCCAACAUCACUCUAGCAUUCUUUAAUUUUGCAGUGUUUCUGUAGAUAAUCUUUGAAUUUCUUCCAAUCUUCCUCCACCGACUCUUCUCCCUGGUCACGGAUUCUACAGUCAUUUCCGCCAGUUCCAUAUAGUCCAUCAGUUUCAUCUGCCAUUCCUCCAGAGUGGGAAGUUCUUGUGUCUUCCAAUACUUUGCGAUGAGUAUUCUUGCUGCCUGGACUAGCAUCCUAAGAGGGGAAAGAUCAAUAGCAAUGGCUGCAAAAUUCAAACCAGUCAAAACUGUAGAAGUUGCCAGGACAGUAGGACGUCCAGUCAAUGAUGCCUUCUAUUGAAGAAAUUUGACAUAAGCGAGACCUAUUUAGAACAGGCAGCAAGUCCACAUUUGUCUGUGUGAAAUCAUCAAAAUAUUCACUAUAUUUAUCAUGUUCCUAUAAUACGAUUGACUAACAUAUUUCUUUAUCAUCUUUAGAGCGCUCUUGGUGGAAAUGUGAGUAUUGGCAAUCCUCUAUGUAAUGCCUUAAUGAUCCACAACAUCCUUCACUGGGGGGGGGGGAGCUUGUGUUUCCUGCAAGAUUUUGCAGAUUAGUUCAUUGAAGUGUCCCUCAGUAUUGGCUGAUGAGAUUUGUGCCACAAUACUGCUGUGUGAUUGAAAUGGUUAAGGCAUACUGGCUGCAUGACAUGGCCCUUAUAAUUUGCAAAAACAAGUACGUAAACCAAAGUAUUAUGUGAAGGUAUAUAAUAUCAUACAAAAUCAAAACAAAAACAAAAACCUUUUAGGUAUCUUACUUUUGAUCACCUAGUUAGUGAAUCCUGGAUCUAAAAGGUUGAAGAUACCUGAUGUAGGUUAUGAAUGCCAAUGCUGCGCUUUCCCUAUUAUGACCAUUCACUGCACAAACAACCCAAAUAUUUCUGGGAAAGAGAUGUUUAUGCCAGAAGUGUGCCUGAUUUUGUAUACUCCCACAAAGAUAUUAAAGGGUGUUAAAAAUAAAGAAACAGUGCUUAAAGGAGAUGUUGAUUGUCUAAAAAUUGAUUUCCUCCUUUUUAUUUCAGGAGGGCGGUUUACUAGGCGUGAGUAUUGCAAGUUACUUUUAAUUGGAACAUUAUUAAUUGUCACCGGGGUCAACAGAGGAGGAUGGGCAUAGCCAUUCUCUCCAAACCAUGAUCAGACUUCUUGUUGUUUUUAAAGACAGUUUGAAUGAUAUGUCAGAUACAAUCUGGCUGUAUGGUCACAGGUGGAAGUCUGACAUUGGCUUCAAAGUUCUGCAUACUCCUUUCUCCUCUCUAUCUCAUAGUAGUGGUUUACUAGUGUGAGUAUUUUAUAUUACUUUUAAUUAGAGAGGGAAAUACCUCCAACCUUUCAAGAUAUUUAACACAGAGAAACAGAGAGAGCGAGAGACAUUAAAUGUGAUUUUGGCUUUAAUAGAAGGAGUAGUUUGUCCUGCAGUAGCAUCAUAACAGGUGAUGGGUGAGUAGUAAUGGCUGCAAAAUGCAAAGCAGUCCCAAUGGUAGAAGUUGCAAAGUUGCUUUGAGAAAUGCUGUUCUAAUGAAACAUCAAGACUCCUUGGCUACAAAGCUCUGUCAUCAGGUCCAACAAGAUUCAACAGCUCUAGGAGUUAUUUGGUAGGUCUAUCAGGCUUCACAGUUCUGCAUGCUGUUACAGUGAUGCCUAGGUUUACAGCAGAUAAAGGACCUGGGAUACAGCCUACUUUCUCCUUGCAUACUCAUAGCAGUAUCAUGGCAACAAUCCUUGAAGGCAGAUAAAACACCCCCACACCCCCACAAACACACAAAGAUAGAUGAAAUGUGCCUGUGGCUUUAAACAUAAGGAGUAGGUGGCCCUGGACUAGCAUCCUAAGAGGGAAAGAUCAAUAGCAAUGGCUGCAAAAUUCAAACCAGUCAAAACUGUAGAAGUUGCCAGGACAGUAGGACGUCCAGUCAAUGAUGCCUUCUAUUGAAGAAAUUUGACAUAAGCGAGACCUAUUUAGAACAGGCAGCAAGUCCACAUUUGUCUGUGUGAAAUCAUCAAAAUGUUCACUAUAUUUAUCGUGUUCCUAUAAUACGAUUGACUAACAUAUUUCUUUAUCAUCUUUAGGGCCUUCUUGGUGGAAAUGUGAGUAUUGGCAAUCCUAUAUGUGAUGCCUUAAUGAUCCACAACAUCCUUGACUGGGGGGCUUGUGUUUCCUGCAAGAUUUUGCAGAUUAGUUCAUUGAAGUGUCCCUCAGUAUUGGCUGAUGAGAUUUGUGCCACAAUACUGCUGUGUGAUUGAAAUGGUUAAGGCAUACUGGCUGCAUGACAUGGCCCUUAUAAUUUGCAAAAACAAAUACGUAAACCAAAGUAUUAUGUGAAGGUAUAUAAUAUCAUACAAAAUCAAAACAAAAACAAAAACCUUUUAGGUAUCUUAUUUUGAUCACCUAGUUAGUGAGUCCUGGAUCUAAAAAAGGUUGAAGAUACCUGAUGUAGGUUAUGAAUGCCAAUGCUGCGUUUUCCCUGUUAUGACCAUUCACUGCACAAACAACCCAAAUAUUUCUGGGAAAGAGAUGUUUAUGCCAGAAGUGUGCCUGAUUUUCUAUACUCCCACAAAGAUAUUAAAGGGCGUUAAAACUAAAGAAACAGUGCUUAAAGGAGAUGUUGAUUGUCUAAAAAUUGAUUUCCUCCUUUUUAUUUCAGGAGGGCGGUUUACUAGGCGUGAGUAUUGCAUGUUACUUUUAAUUGGAACAUUAUUAAUUGUCACCGGGGUCAACAGAGGAGGAUGGGCAUAGCCAUUCUCUCCAAACCAUGAUCAGACUUCUUGUUGUUUUUAAAGACAGUUUGAAUGAUAUGUCAGAUACAAUCUGGCUGUAUGGUCACAGGUGGAAGUCUGACAUUGGCUUCAAAGUUCUGCAUACUCCUUUCUCCUCUCUAUCUCAUAGUAGUGGUUUACUAGUGUGAGUAUUUUAUAUUACUUUUAAUUAGAGAGGGAAAUACCUCCAACCUUUCAAGAUAUUUAACACAGAGAAACAGAGAGAGCGAGAGACAUUAAAUGUGAUUUUGGCUUUAAUAGAAGGAGUAGUUUGUCCUGCAGUAGCAUCAUAACAGGUGAUGGGUGAGUAGUAAUGGCUGCAAAAUGCAAAGCAGUCCCAAUGGUAGAAGUUGCAAAGUUGCUUUGAGAAAUGCUGUUCUAAUGAAACAUCAAGACUCCUUGGCUACAAAGCUCUGUCAUCAGGUCCAACAAGAUUCAACAGCUCUAGGAGUUAUUUGGUAGGUCUAUCAGGCUUCACAGUUCUGCAUGCUGUUACAGUGAUGCCUAGGUUUACAGCAGAUAAAGGACCUGGGAUACAGCCUACUUUCUCCUUGCAUACUCAUAGCAGUACCAUGGCAACAAUCCUUGAAGGCAGAUAAAACACACACACACCCCCACAAACACACAAAGAUAGAUGAAAUGUGCCUGUGGCUUUAAACAUAAGGAGUAGGUUGCCCUGGACUAGCAUCCUAAGAGGGGAAAGAUCAAUAGCAAUGGCUGCAAAAUUCAAACCAGUCAAAACUGUAGAGGUUGCCAGGACAGUAGGACGUCCAGUCAAUGAUGCCUUCUAUUGAAGAAAUUUGACAUAAGCGAGACCUAUAUAGAACAGGCAGCAAGUCCACAUUUGUCUGUGUGAAAUCAUCAAAAUGUUCACUAUAUUUAUCGUGUUCCUAUAAUACGAUUGACUAACAUAUUUCUUUAUCAUCUUUAGGACGUUCUUGGUGGAAAGGUGAGUAUUGGCAAUCCUAUAUGUAAUGCCUUAAUGAUCCACAACAUCCUUCACUGGGAUGUUGGCUGAUGAGAUUUGUUCCACAAUACUGCUGUGUGAUUGAAAUGGUUAAGGCAUACUGGCUGCAUGACAUGGCCCUUAUAAUUUGCAAAAACAAAUACGUAAACCAAAGUAUUAUGUGAAGGUAUAUAAUAUCAUACAAAAUCAAAACAAAAACAAAAACCUGUUAGGUAUCUCCUUUCUGAUUCAGGAUCAUAGUUUACUGGGCGUAAGUAUUGCAUAUUACUUUUAAAUGGAACAUCAUUAAUUGUCUUUUUUUAAAAAUAGUAUUUAUUAAAGUUUUAGGUUUACAAAAAGGCAAAAGUACAAACACCAAAUUAAACAAUAACAAAACCAACACAUCACAAUAAAAAACAGAAAGAUAGAAACAAUUAAAAACAAAAGAAAAAAGGAAAAAGGGGAAAAAAACAAAUCGAACCUUCCCAUAACUUAUCUUUCAUUUGCUUGUUUCCCUGACCUCCUCACACCUCCCUUUUUUGUAUUCUAAGUCAAUUAUCCAUUUCAGCAAAUCCUUUCCCUCUCUUCAGAAUUUUUAUCCUGAAAAUUUAUCUUAAUCUUGAUAUAAGUUUACUUUAGCCAUUUCCGAGCUUGGGAGGAGAGGGGGUUGCGGGUUACCCCCUCCCACACACGCGGGGGCUGGCCUUUUGCCCCUGCGAGAUCCAGGGAAUCCCCGGGCGCGCCUGUGACCCGGCCCGCCAAUCGGCGGGCUGGGGAGGCGUGGCCUAGCCUACUUAAGGCCAGGCAUGCCCGGGGACUGCCCUCUUUCCCCUUGCCAGCUGAGCGGUUUUCCCAUCCCACCCACCCUUAGGCUUAGCUAGCUAUGACCUUGCUAUGGACUCCGGUUGGUCGCCGCAAGGGGCCUGGUAGGAAUUUUUCCAAUUUGGCGCACUGUCAGCCUUUUGGUUUUUUCGCCUACCUCGUAGCAAACGUCACAACUUCUGCGGUAUUGGCGGUUAGGCAUUGGCAGGGGUUUAUUGUUAUGCAAAUGAAUGGGGGGGAAGGAAGCGCCAUCACCUUCCCCCAAGGAAAGGGUAGUCCGGUAGAGGACUCUGGGGGGCGUUGCCUUGUCCGAAACCUAGGGAGGUAAGGGCGUCCGGCACGCCCCCGAGCGGUGACACCCGUGGGAUCCUAGUUGGCGUACUUCAACAGGACUCCCACGGCUUGUGGAUAACCCUUCCCGGUCUCCAUGCCGGGUAGUCGAUAGGAGCCAAUGCCUAAGGCCAAUACCUUUCAAUUCUGUAAUCAAUAAAGUUGUGGCCUUUUUAUGCCCAUUAACCUUAAAUAAUAUGUCCAGUGUCUUCAUUUCUCAUGGGGGAGGGGACUUGCCACGCAACCCUCUUUUCACCAAUUCACCAGUCUAUUUUUCUUAAAUCUUUGAUACAUUUUUGCUAAAAUCACCUAGAUUCAUUCCAACAUCAUUCUAACAUUCAUUAAUUUUACAAUGUUUCUGUAAAUAGUCUUUAAAUUUCUUCCAAUCUUCCUCCACCAACUCUUCUCCCUGGUCUCGGAUUCUGCCAGUCAUUUCCGCCAGUUCCAUAUAGUCUAUCACCUUCAUCUGCCAUUCUUCCAGAGUGGGUAGAUCUUGUGUCUGAACAUCAUUAAUUGUCACCGGGGGUCAACAGGGGAGGAGAGGUAUAGCCAUCCUCUGCAUACCAUGAUCAGACUUCUUGUGGUUUAUAAAGAGAGUCUGAAUUAUAUGUCACAUGUAAUCUGCUUGUUUGGUCACAGACGGAAGUUUGACAUUGGCUUCAAAGUUUUGCAUGCAGUUACAGUGAUGCCUAGGUUUACACCAGAUGAAAUAUCAACAGGGCCACAAAGAAUAACAGAUUGCAUCAUGUGGGGCUUCUGUAGUUGUCUUUCCAGCAACAGGCCACCAUUUGAAGAGUUUCAAGUCCAGGCAAUGAUGCUGUCUAAAUUGUGAAGAGAUUCAAUGUUGAUGAGACUUAUGUCGAAUAGAGAGUAAAGCAUAAAAAUGAAAAACUAUUAUGUGUGUUAUAUUUGGUCGCCUAGUUAAGAAGUGUCUCUCAGUUCCUAGAUGUGGCUCCAUUGAAGGCAAGGGUAUUUAAUUGCAAUAUGCGUAGUACAAAUCUAGCCACUCCAGACUGACUUUGAUGUGUUCAACUAUUCUUAAGUUGUAUCAAAGACAUUGUUCUCUGUAAUGCUGGAGAGCUUUGAAUAUGAUUGUAUUAUGUCCAGAUGAACUUCCACGUUCUCACUAAGAUAUUUUGAUAAGACAGUUGUCUUUACACAAAUUAACAGAGCAUGGGAAACAAGCAAGACCAAUUACAGCUUUUAAUUCAGCUUGGCAAAAGUGACCUAGCAGGCAGUAAUGGACCCUGGCAGGAUAAGGCUCAUGACUGGAAUGUAGGAACUGAGUGGUAUAUACAGUUUAAAAGGAAUAGACCAAACAGGAAUGGAGAAGGAGUAGCAUUAUAUGUAAAGGAUGUGUACACUUCUGAAGAAAUCCAUGACCUGAAGCAUGGAAAGCAGACUGAGAGGAUAUGGGUGAACUGUAGGAGAGAGAAACAACAGUGACCUUCCUGUGGGGGUCCACCUUUACCAGUGAGAAAUAAUCAAAAUGUUUGCUAUAUUUAUCAUUCUUGUGUUCAGAAAACAUGAUGGAAUAAUUGCUUUCUUUAUCUUUUUUAGAACCUUCUUGGAGGUGUAAGUACUAGAAAUCCUCUAUGUAAAGCCUUAAUCCUUCAUUGGGGCAGGGGGGGCUUGUCUUUACUGCAAGAUUUUGCAGCUCAUUUCAUUGAAGUGUUCCCCAGCGAUGUCUUAUUAUGUUGAUGAGUUAAAUAGUAAAUUAAUGCUGAUUGAAAGAGAAAAGUGGCUAAACCUUUAAGCUUUAAUUGUGCACAACUAUUCAAAUGUUGUGCACAACCUGUUUUUACAAAACGAUGUUUUCACAAAACACACUGGUUUCUAUUUUAGGGCGUGCCUGGACUUUCUGUAAUUGUAUUGAAUUACUUUUCUUGGACAUUCAUUAACUUUAGGGAGAUCAGAAAGAGGUGUAGUGGCACAGUGGUAGCCGCCCCCCACACCUGCACCUCUUUUUUUUUUGCUCUUUAAGAUAUGGCAACCCUAAUUCUAAAUAAAUUCCUUUAGUCUUAAAUAGCACACUUCCCCAUAUACCUCAUAGGUUACCAUUUCUGUACAUGAUAUCAAAGACAGACUUAAAGAAGCUUUGUGACUUCCGAUGAUGUCCAAUAUAUAAAAAGGUGACUGGGCUUACAAAUGCUCUCAGGAGCUAUGUUCCCCUUCAUUCUGCAGAGCCAUAGAUAUAUUAGUGUUGGGAUGUUUGUCCAGUUUUGCUUCUUUAUGUUCCAAAUGAUAAUUUCACAUAACUUACUCCUUUUGUGUUUUAGAACAUGCCAACUGACGUACUUGUAAGUUCUCUAUAUUACUAACCUUUGGGCAAUGAUUAUCCAUGUGCUUUAUAAGCUCAUUAAGACCUGUGCUUUAAAAGCACUUGGAAUGUCUUCUAAAUAUAUGGUGUAGUUGUGAUCCAGUACUGUAUUUUCUAUGUUAUGACUACAGACCCCCCCAAGUGUAACGAUUUUCCAGGGACGUCCCUGAUUUAGAGAAGCCAUACCGGUUUCUGAUUUUAUCCCGGAAUGUCCCACUUUUUUAAGGACAUCCUUAUUUCAUUAGACCAAUGUUGGAGGGUGUGGAGAUAUCCGACCCCUGAGCCGUCUGAAGGCAAUCCUGUAGAGGGAUUUUUUCUUUAUGUUUCAUGUUUCUAAAAUAUGUUGGAAGCCGCCCAGAAUGGCUGAGUAACCCAGUACGAUGUGUGGGGUAUAAAUAGUUAAAUUAUCAUUAUAGAAUGAGACAUCCUUAUUUUCAUUGAAGAAAUGUUGGAGGGUAUGCGGCUAUUGCCUGAAAGAGCUAUGCAAGCACUCCUAUGCAGGGUUCUGCCUGAACUAUGCUGGCCUGAUUACAGUCCGAUUAGGAUACUGUGAUUAUCUACCGAGGAAACACCUUGCUUUGCAGAGUGAUAGCCUACUGUUCCCAUUUACAUUAACCUCUGAGGAACUGAGCCCUUAUGCUGCAUAUUUAGAAACUGGUUUUAUGUUUUCAUUGUGCAUUUUAUUAUAUUUUGUAUAUUUUUAUGAUAACACUGUAUGCCACACUAGGUACUUUUACUAAAAGAAGGGGGAUGUGUGUUUUUGUGUGUGUUUAUUUAUUAAUUAUACUGAUUAUGUUAUAUUGAUUAUGUUAAAAUGGAUUUUUGUUUUCUAAUUUAGAAUGGCCUGCCAUUGUCUGUAAGUAUUAGACAUUACUUACCUUUAGUCUUAUUUAACCGUGAUGAUAUCCAAAAAGUUUCUUUUUCCUUUUUAACUAGAAGAGAAAAACACCACUGCUUGGCUCUUCCUUUUAGAAGUAUGAAAAUUUUAGAAGUAUGAAGAUUAGCGUUCAGGGCCCUAAUCUUUGCAACUACGUUAAAAAAGCAAAUAUAUAAUAUUUUAUAUGUUAAUUAGGGUUGUACAGUCAGAAAGUGUCCCUUAUUUCCUAGAGAUGUCCCACAGAAGUAGCUGUCAUGAUUUAAUUGCCUAUGAAGACCCCCAAAACCACCCCCAAAAUAAGGACACAAUUGACACAGAAUUUAGUUUAAGGUUUUUUUGGCAUUAAUUUUGGCCACAACUUUAUUGAUUACAUCAUGUGAGUGGUUGCUUAGGCAUUGGUUCCAGACUACCUGAACCUGCACGUUGGCAGGAACAGGACUGACACUGGGCACCACCAUAUGUCAGUAAGGGAAAGCAUCCUAAGGGAGUGAGAAGCUGGCUUUGAUCUCACAGCUCACCCCAGAUGCUCCCAGGGGCUCUGGCAUGGCCCUAGCCCCUUGACAGUGUUGGGACAAAAGCAAGGCGAGCCCCUGGAUUCCUUUAACAAAAUUCUCUAGCAGAAGUGAUGGAGGGGCAGGCACAGCCAACCACUUCCCCUCCACAAAACACUGAACCAAUGCCCAACCGCCAACCUUACAAAGUUGUGACAAUUUGCUACACGGUAGGAAAAAAACCAAAUGGCAACAGCCAAUCAGCAAAAUGGCAAAAUUCCUACUGGGCCCCUGCUUCAAAACAGAUUACCCCUAGACAGGCAUAGCAAGGCCAAAGACAGCCCUAAAUAUAGGGUGGGAGGGCGGGUGAUCCGAUGCACAUCGCAGGAAAGAGAAAGCUCCCAGAAACGUGCAGCAGCUUAAAUAGCCCCUCGGUAGCCAAUAGACGACCCAACAGUCCAAAUUUCUACCCCAGCAACCGAGGCGUAACCAAGGGGGUUUUUGUGGCUAUCCAAACGGUCCUGCCACAUAACAUGAGGCAGUUUAGGUGAUCUCACCGCAACACGUGCCCUCCAUGAUGGAGGACACAAUUUGUGCACAACUAUUCACAAAUGCUCUCAGGAGCUAUGUUCCCCUUCAUUCUGCAGAGCCAUAGAUAUAUUAGUGUUGGGAUGUUUGUCCAGUUUUGCUUCUUUAUGUUCCAAAUGAUAAUUUCACAUAACUUACUCCUUUUGUGUUUUAGAACAUGCCUGUUCCAACUGGCGUACUUGUAAGUUCUCUAUAUUACUAACCUUUGGGCAAUGAUUAUCCAUGUGCUUUAUAAGCUCAUUAAGACCUGUGCUUUAAAAGCACUUGGAAUGUCUUCUAAAUAUAUGGUGUAGUUGUGAUCCAGUACUGUAUUUUCUAUGUUAUGACUACAGACCCCCCCAAGUGUAACGAUUUUCCAGGGACGUCCCUGAUUUAGAGAAGCCAUACCGGUUUCUGAUUUUAUCCUGGAAUGUCCCACUUUUUUUAGGACAUCCUUAUUUCAUUAGACCAAUGUUGGAGGGUGUGGAGAUAUCCGACCCCUGAGCCGUCUGAAGGCAAUCCUGUAGAGGGAGUUUUUCUUUAUGUUUCAUGUUUCUAAUAUAUGUUGGAAGCCGCCCAGAAUGGCUGAGUAACCCAGUACGAUGUGUGGGGUAUAAAUAGUUAAAUUAUCAUUAUAGAAUGAGACAUCCUUAUUUUAUGCUGCAUAUUUAGAAACUGGUUUUAUGUUUUCAUUGUGCAUUUUAUUAUAUUUUGUAUAUUUUUAUGAUAACACUGUAUGCCACACUAGGUACUUUUACUAAAAGAAGGGGGAUGUGUGUUUUUGUGUGUGUUUAUUUAUUAAUUAUACUGAUUAUGUUAUAUUGAUUAUGUUAAAAUGGAUUUUUGUUUUCUAAUUUAGAAUGGCCUGCCAGUGUCUGUGAGUAUUAGACAUUACUUACCAUUAGUCUUAUUUAGCCUUAGCGAUAUCCAAGAAGUUUCUUUUUCCUUUUUAACGAGAAGAGAAAAACACCACAGCUUGGCUCUUCCUUUUAGAAGUAUGAAAAUUUGGUUCAGGGCCCUAAUCUUUGCAACUGCUUUUAGUAAUCAAACAUGUUAUACCAUAUUUUUCCAUGUAUAAGACAAACUUUUUUUGACCCAAAAACGAGGUUCAAAAUUUAGGGUUGUCUUAUACACAGGUAGUGCCAAGGGGGGACGGGCGAAUGGUUUUUUGGUGCGAGCCCGAGAUUGUAAGCGGAGAUUGUAAGCAAUGCGAGGGGUUGUGUGCUGCAUUCCGUCGGGUGAACGAUUUUUGGCAUCCCCCCCAAAUAAUCCUUCCCAAAAGCUCAAUCUCCACCUAUUUUCUAAAUUUUGAGGCCCCCAAGAUAGGCGGCGUCUUAUAGACGAAAAAAUACGGUAUAUUAAUUGUGAUCAUGAAGUCGAGAAGUAUCCCUUAGUUCAUAAGAGUGUCCCACAGAAGUGGCUGUUCUGAUUUAACUGUGCUCAACUAUUCAUAUGUGCUCUCAGCUUUGUUUCCUUAAAUCUGGAGAUCUGUAGAUAUAGUAGUGUUGGGAAGCAUGCCCAGAUUUGCUUAUUUUGUCUCAAAUGAUGUUGCGUGUCGAGGUCCCCAGGUCCACCCCAAUAACUCACACAUCACACAGAAGUUUUUGUUUAAGAUUUUUGGCGUAAUUUUGGCCACAACUUUAUUAAAAUACAAAUUUGUGAGUGGUUGCGUAGGCAUUGGUUGCAACUAUCUGCCCCCACCAUGGGGGACAGACUGACAUUCCGCACGAUGCGAAAGUCAGAAUGGGGGAAUACACUAGGCGGUUACGCGGAGCAGGAACCUGCCCUCACCCCAAAUGCAACCAGGAGCUCAUUGCUAUGGCCCGAGCCCCCUUGACAGAGUGGACAAGCAAUAGUUAGCCCCCAAUUCCUUUAACGGAAUCCCUUGCAGCAGCAGCAUUAGAGGGGCAGGCACAGCCAAUCCAUGCCCCUCAACCAACCAAACCAUAAACCAAUGCCUAACCGUGAACCUUACAAGUUGUGACGAUUUGCUACGCAGUAGCCAAAAACCAAAUGGCCCCAGCCAAUCAGCCAGAUGGACAAAAUUCCUACCAGGCCCCCGCUCCAAAGCAGACGACCCCAUGACAGGCAUAGCAAGGUCAAAGCGAACAACCCUAUUCUAGGGAGGGAGGGAUGGGCAAUCUGAUGCACGGGCGAAAAGAGGAAGCCCUAGCCUCGUGCAAGGAGUUUUACUAUUUCUGGCUGUCAAUCAAAAAAUGGCAACAUUAACUUCAUCCCAACAACAAGGGAAGCCCCAAUCGUAUCAGUGGCCAACGAUCAAUUAGCCCGCCCCCCAACUUUGGAGUGUCCUGGCGGCCCCCACCGCAACACGUGCUUUCCAUGAAGGAGAACACGCUUUUUCACAAAACACGCUGUUUUCUAUUUUAGGGCCUGCCUGGACUUUCUGUAAGUAUUGUAUUACUUUUCUUGGACAUCCAUUAACUUUAGGGAGAUUUGAAAAGCUAACCCCCCAAAAAAAACAGGGACCACUUCCUUGCUCUUAAUCUUGGUGCUUCAGAGACAAAUGAUUGAAGUGAUAUGCUAUUUGAUACAUAUUUUUGAUAGAUUAAUAAUUGUGUCUGUAUUAUGGAUAACAAUGAGACUUUUUCAGUAUAAUGUAAGCAGAUACUGCUACCUCCAGGAACUGCAGUUGCCAAAGCAGGGUGCAGGCUAGGAUUUGGUUCCUGAUAGGCCAUGGGGGCUUAUGGCCCCACGGUCCAGCAGGAAAAGCUCUGAAGGUUGAGUUCCCUUCCCCACUGAAGCCUCUGCCAUCUAGGAAUGCCGCACCAUUCAGCUUUACUCACUUGGCAAAAAGUAAAUAAAUAAGGGGUGGAGGUUUUUUUUGGGGGGGGGGAGGGGACUUUGGCAACCCAACCUUGGGAGAGUGUUUGGAGGUGCAGGGAGAAGGUGUUUUGCUUAUACACUAUUUUAGCUUUAUGAGUUGUCCCUAGAACAUUACCUUCAUGUAUGUUGACAGUUGAAUGUACAGUGGUACCUCGGGUUACAGACGCUUCAGUUUACAGACGCUUCAGGUUACAGACUCCGCUAACCCAGAAAUAGUACCUCGGGUUAAGAACUUUGCUUCAGGAUGAGAACAGAAAUCGUGCAGCGGCAGCGGGAGGCCCCAGUAGCUAAAGUGGUGCUUCAGGUUAAAAACAGUUUCAGGUUAAGAACGGACCUCCAGAACAAAUUAAGUUCUUAACCAGAGGUACCACUGUGAUAUAGAGAUUGAACAGAAACAGAAGCAAAUAUAAUGUGUUUCUCCUGUAAUAUACUCAGUAACGGGAUGUGAAUAGAAAUAAAUAACAAUUUGAUCUUUUCUGUAUUUUCUUUGAAUAUAUUUGAUGACAAAAUAUAUGAAAAACAAAAAAGCAAAAAACUAAAAAAAACACUAUUGUUUCCCUUUGUAAAAUAACAACAGAGGAAGAAGAGAUCUCCAGUAAGUAUCGAGUAUUUAUUGUGACUUUUCAAUUGUAAUUUUUAGUUAUUUAUUUUUUAACAUUAAGUUGUGUUGUAGUUUCCUGAUUGAUUCUGGAAAUCUGAAACUAACACAAAAAGCCCCUGAAUCGGUAGAAUUUAUUCUGGGCUCAGUCAUUAUAUGGGGGGGGGGGGGGGUUAAGGGGCAUUGGGAGCCUGUCCUUCUCUUUGGGAUAUUUCUAUACUGGAAAUGAAAAUCAAUAUUUUGAAUGGAGGCUAGAAAAAAAUUCUAGUUAUUUCCUGAAUGAGACUUUUCAAACGUUGUGUCUCUCUGCUAUCCUUUUGUCCCUGUGAGUUGGUUUGUCUGGUAUCCUCUCCUUUGGGAAAAUGAGGAUCUGAGAGAAACCAGAAGGGACAUAUUUGGCCAUCCCCUGUGUGAUGGCAACUGUGUACCACAUCUAACUGAAGCACUUGGGAUCCAUCCUAAAAUAGGUGCCUCAGGAUGGCUUAGACGUAAUGUAAGAAGAGUCGUCAUUGAAACCAAGAAAGCAUACGAAGCAACACCCCUGCAAACCGCCAGCAAUGACAGACAUGGGAGAAAUAUCACUUAUCUAGUAGUGAAAUGUACACUUAAAUUUUGUUGUGUUUAGCUGAUGUCCAAGAGAUGGAACUCUUCCAUGACUGAGUUCCAUAACCUGAGCACAGCCACCAAGAAGACCCUAUCACCCAUGCUCACCAAGCACAACACAGUUGGUGAUGGAUAUUCACGUGUCUUCCUGUGUGCUCCACCCCAAAUAAGACCACUCAGUACAGGGCCUGAACUCUCUGUAUUUGCUUGGGGGAGCUGAUCUUCUUGGCAUCCACUUUUCCUUCUGUUCAGAACAUUGUUGUAGUGGAAGUGAAAAUCCAGAAGGUUUCUUAGGAAACAUAUGGGAGCAGGAUCUGGCUGGCAAAUAGUAUACCCAAAUGAACACCCCAAUGAUUUUUCUAAAAAGGGUUUUCAGAUUUUCCGCAUUAUGCUCCACCUCCACUAUUUCCUUCUCUUUGCAAUUUGGUUGGCCUCCUCUCCUUUGUUAUGGAAUUGCUCUGUAAAGAAAAAAUGACUAAUAUGGAGGCAGCUGUGAUGCACAUGAGACUGAAUCAGUUGAGAUCGCUUUUCCUUUCUCUUCUGAUGUUUCCUUGAUGAAUAGGGGAACCCUUGCCUUAGGACCUAAAUAUGUGUUACAUGACAUUUCCAUAUGUUAAGCAGUUAAGAGAACAUGACAGACUAACAAGUUGAAUUUCCUUUUCAAUUUAGCUUCUGGGUGGAGCAACUAGCGUGAGUAUUGAGAAAUCUUCAUACCCUAAGAUUUGUAGUGGGAGGGAGAAGGUCUUCUGUUGCUCAUAGGAUGAUCCCACUGGGGGAAAAAUUCACUACGCUAUAAUGUUUUCCAUUUGUGAAAGCCAGGCAUUAUUACUCAAUGAAGUUUGAAUUCCAAACCAAGGAAUUAUAAAACUUAGCCUCAUCAAUAACUUAUAUUAUCCUACUGGCUGGCAACCAGUAUAGCAGAAUGUCCAAGCAAUUCCAUGAAAAUAUUUUCAAAUUUUACAUAAGUUACUUUUUGUUGUUGUUGUUUUACACAUUUUCCACUGUUACUUUGUCUUUGCACGUUGGACGGUCUGCUCUUCUUUAUCUGCUCUUCUAACCCUAGUUUGCCGGUAAAUUCUUUAGUUUGUCUGUAAAUUCUCAUUUUCCCACAUGAAGUGGGAGAAUCCCUGCCUGAAGAUAAAACUGUGUUACGUGGUGGCUGGAGCUCCCAUCAUGCAGUUUGCUAAUCAGCUCAAUUUGUUGUUCAAUUUAGAAUCUUGGUUUGUCUGAUGUAGUGGACAUGAGUAUUAUGGCACUUUUGUGUACUUAUUGUAUGAUCUGGAGUGGGAAACUGGGAGGGAGGGCUUUUCUGCCUCAAAAUAUGAUAUCACUGCCAGGGAAGAAAAUGACGAACAAUCUGUUCUCCAGUUCUAAUCAGUUUACUAUAGCAGGAACCUUUGUUUGGCUGAGUUUUCUCUUCUCUUCAUAGUAGUGUUCGAUCCCUGUGUGUGUUAGAUUCAGUCUACAUUUCCAGAAAUAAUAAAUUGAAAAGUUUGUGCAAAAGCAACAAGUUUGAUCACAUUUUUUCUUAGUGGUUCAGGCAAGUAUGGAAUAACUCAGGAAAUAAAAUUGGCUAAAAUGAAGGCAGCUGUAUGGCACAUGAGAGUAAAUCAGUUUCCUAUGGUUUGCCUGUAAACUCUCAUUUUCCCACAUGAAGUGGGAAAAUCUCUGACUGAGGAUAUGACUAUGUUGUGUGGCAUACUUGUGACUGGAGCUCCCACGAUGCCAUUUGCUAAUCAGUUCAUUUUGUUGUUCAAUUUAGAGUCUUGGUGUGUCUGGUUUAGUGGAUGUGAGUAUUGUGGAACUUUUGUUUAUUUAUUGUAUGCUCUGGAGUGGGAAACUGGGAGGGAGGGAGGGAGAGAGCGAGUUCUUUUCUGCCUCAAAGUAUGAUCCCAGCCAGGCAAGUAUAUGACAAUCUGUUCUCCAGUUCUAAUCAGUUUGCUACAGAAGGAACCUUUGUUUGGUUGAGUUAUCUCUUCUCUUCAUAGUACUGUUCGAUCCUUGUGUGUGUUAGAUUCAGUCUAUAUUUCCAGAAAGAAUAUAUUGAAAGUUUGGUGCAAAAGCAACAAGCUUGAUCACAUUUUUCUUAGAGGUUCUGGUAUCUCUUUGGAUCUUAUUACGCAGUUUAUGAAAAUAUGGUAAAAUUCUGCCUUUUGAAUGCUGAAGUCUCCUAUUUCAGGCACUUCAGAGAUGAAUGAUUUAGCUGUUGAGUAAAGACUAGCUAAUAAAUUAAAUUUUAGGCCCACCCAGGAAUUUAAAUUGUUUUAUUGAACCCCCACAUCCUGGGCUCUAAUUUCUGCCUCAAAGUAUGAUCCCAGCCAGGCAAGUAUAUGACAAUCUGUUCUGCAGAGAGGGAGCCUCCUUUCGAGAAGGUAUGGAAGAAUUCAAGGAAAGAAAUUGGCAAAAAUGAAGGCAGCUGUGCAACACGUGAGACUGAAUCAGUUUCUGCUGGUUUGCCUUUAUAUUCUGAUCUUUGCCACAUGAAAUGGUAGAAUUCCUGCUUGAGGAUGAAACUAUGUGUUAGGUGGCAUACCUGGGACUGGAUCUCCCACCAUACCAUUUGCUAAUCAGUUUGAUUUGCUUUUCAGUUUAGGGUCUUGAUGUGAAUGCAGCCAUGAAUGUGUUGUGAUUCUUGAGUGGGUUUCCUAUAUGAUUUAUAGCAGGAAAGUGGAAAGGAGAUGGGGAGGAAAGGAAAAGUUAUUCUCUGUCACAAUAUAUAAUUUCAGCCAGGGAAGAAUUCACAGAGCUAAAAUGCUUGCCAUUUCCAAAGCCAGGAAUUACCGUAAUUUUUAAGCAUUCAGAUAUAAUCUGCUGCCCCUUGCAGGUCUCCUUUUGUACACCCCUUUUCCUUAAAUCCUGGACCUUGGCCAGACAUGAAUGUCUAAUAAAUUCAAUUUCCUUUUCUAUUUAGAACCUUGAUUUGCAAAAGACGUUGCAAGUGAGUAUUGUGAAACCUUUGUGUGAUUGCUAUAUGGUUUGUAGUAGUAAAAUGGGAGAAAGAAAGGGAAGGAAGGAGGAACUCUUCUGAGGAUCCAAGGCAUGGAAGAACUCAUUAGGCGAUAAUGUUUGCCAUUUGGCUGGCAACUAAUAUUAUUUGCCAAACCCAUCCAGGGUCUAAAAUUGCCUUAGUUCUACACUCUCACAGCCUGGGCUCAGUCUCUAUAUCUUUGUCUUGGGUAGCAGAUCUCCUUGGCCUCAUCUUCUAUUCAGAAAAUUGUUCUACUGGAAAUAAGAAUCUUGGGUUUUUGUUUUUUUAAUAUAAAGGCUUUUAGGAAAUGUCUGCAAGCAGGAGUAGGCUGGCAACUAGUAUAGCAGAACUUUCAAGCAAGUUCAUAAAAUUAUUUCCACAUUUUCCAUGUAUGUCCCAUCUCCACUAUUACUUUGUCUUUUCAAGUUGGACAGUCUACUCUUCUAACCUUAGUGAAUAGGAGACUGAAUUCCACACCAAAUAUAUCAGCCUGACUGUUAGAGAGGGACCCUCAUUUUGGGAAGAUACGGAAUUAUUCACAAAAGGAAAUGAAACUAUGUGUUAGGUGGCAUACCUGGGACUGGAUCUCCUACCAUUUUCUAAUCAGUUCGAUUUGCUUUUCAGUUUAGGGUCUUGAUGUGAAUGCAGCCAUGAAUGUAUUGUGAUUCUUGAGUGGGUUUCCUAUAUGAUUUGUAGUGGGAAAGUGGAAGGGAGUUGGGGGUGAGGAGAGGAAAAGUUAUUCUCUGUUACAAUAUAUAACCUCAUGCUGGGAAGAAUUCACAGAGCUAAAAUGCUUGUCCUUUCCUAAAGCAAUGAAUUCUUUUAGGCAUUCAGAUAUAAUCUGCUGCCCCCUGCAGGUCUCAUUUUUUACAUUUCUGUAUCCUUAAAUACUGAACUUUGGCCAGACACUAAUAUCUAAUAAAUUCAAUUUCCUUUUCUAUUUAGAACCUUGAUUUGCAAAAGACGUUGCAAGUGAGUAUUGUGAAACCUUUGUGUGAUUGCUAUAUGGUUUGUAGUAGUAAAAUGGGAGAAAGAAAGGGAAGGAAGGAGGAACUCUUCUGAGGAUCCAAGGCAUGGAAGAACUCAUUAGGCGAUAAUGUUUGCCAUUUGGCUGGCAACUAAUAUUAUUUGCCAAACCCACCCAGGGUCUAAAAUUGCCUUAGUUCUACACUCUCACAGCCUGGGCUCAGUCUCUAUAUCUUUGUCUUGGGUAGCAGAUCUCCUUGGCCUCAUCUUCUAUUCAGAAAAUUGUUCUACUGGAAAUAAGAAUCUUGGGUUUUUGUUUUUUUAAUAUAAAGGCUUUUAGGAAAUGUCUGCAAGCAGGAGUAGGCUGGCAACUAGUAUAGCAGAACUUUCAAGCAAGUUCAUAAAAUUAUUUCCACAUUUUCCAUGUAUGUCCCAUCUCCACUAUUACUUUGUCUUUUCAAGUUGGACAGUCUACUCUUCUAACCUUAGUGAAUAGGAGACUGAAUUCCACACCAAAUAUAUCAGCCUGACUGUUAGAGAGGGACCCUCAUUUUGGGAAGAUACGGAAUUAUUCACAAAAGGAAAUGAAACUAUGUGUUAGGUGGCAUACCUGGGACCGGAUCUCCUACCAUUUUCUAAUCAGUUCGAUUUGCUUUUCAGUUUAGGGUCUUGAUGUGAAUGCAGCCAUGAAUGUAUUGUGAUUCUUGAGUGGGUUUCCUAUAUGAUUUGUAGUGGGAAAGUGGAAGGGAGUUGGGGGUGAGGAGAGGAAAAGUUAUUCUCUGUUACAAUAUAUAACCUCAUGCUGGGAAGAAUUCACAGAGCUAAAAUGCUUGUCCUUUCCUAAAGCAAUGAAUUCUUUUAGGCAUUCAGAUAUAAUCUGCUGCCCCCUGCAGGUCUCAUUUUUUACAUUUCUGUAUCCUUAAAUACUGAACUUUGGCCAGACACUAAUAUCUAAUAAAUUCAAUUUGCUUUUCUAUUUAGAGCCUUGGUCUGUCAGACAAACUGCAAGUGAGUAUUGCGAAAGCUUAGUGUGUUUGCGAUACGGUUUGUUGCAGUAAAAUGGGAGGAAGAGAGAGAAGGAAGGAGGAACUCUUCUGUGACUCAUAGAUGACCCAAACCGUGGAAGAACUCAUUAGGCGAUAAUGUUUGCCAUUUGGCUGUCAACUGAUAUUAUUUGCCAGCCCUCUUUUCCAGAAAGUAUGGAAUGAUUCAAGGAAGGAAAUUGGGUAAAAUCCUGGACUUUUGGCUAAACAUUCUCUCAAACAGAGGACACUUUUACACAGUGGACUAUGUGUUGAUGGUUCUUCAGAAUAAACAAUUGCCCUGUGUCAAGUAUUGCAAAAUAUAUGUCGUGCAAAGAACAUGAAAGCCUAAUAUGUUCAAUUUGCUUUUCACUGUAGGUUUUGAAUCAAAUGUUGAACGUGAGUAUUGUGAAAGCUUUCUAUGGUUAUUCUAUGGUUUGUAGUGAGAAAGUUCCAUUUAUUUCCAUUUAGCGUGCUGUUGUGAAAGUGAAUGAUUGCAUUGUGAAUCAUUGUUUUGUCUACGUAGUCCAUAAUGGGAAAGUGGGAGGAAGGCGGGGAAGAAAAGAGUAGGUCUUCCCCCCCCCCAAAAAAUAGAAUCUGACUCAGGGAAGAACAAACAGAGCUAAUAUGAUUGCCCUUUCUUAAAGCUAGGCAUUUGUCAAAGCAUUUGCUGCCCCCCUACAUUCAUUGCUACCAUUAAGAAAAGAAAGCUGGGGCGUCUCAUUGUAGAUCUCCCCAAGCAGUGUUUCAUAUGUAUCUGGACUUUGAUUAAUCUCCUUUCAUAUAGAGAGCACUUUUAAAUAGCUGACAACCCUUCAAAGUAGAAGAUUUUCCUCUGUAUAGGUGGGCACCUGACAUAGUGUUAAGAGUACAUAAAAGCCCAAGUAAUUCCAUUUGCUUUUCAAUUUAGGAUCCUCAGGUGCAUUCGACACUGGAAGUGAGUAUUUUGAAGUCUUUGUGUAUUACCUAUAUGGUCUGUUUUGUUUGAACCUCCCCCUGCAAAAUGCAAUUCUAGGUCCAUCCAGGGUUUAAAGUUGCCUUUCUAAAUCCCCGCAGUUCUGUAUAUAUAUCUUUGUUUUGGGCAGCUGAUUUCUCUUUUGUUCAGAAAAUAGUUUUAUUUUCCUUGUAUGCUCCAACUCCACUAUUGUUUUGUCCUUGCAAGUUGGACAGUCUACUCUGUUACCUGCUCUUGUAACCCUCAUGGAAAAGGAGAGUGAACUCUACACCAAAUUUACCAGCCUGGCUGUUAGAGAGGGACCCUCCUUUCGGGAUGUUUUAGAAUUACCAUGGAAAGGAAAGUUGCUAAAAUGAUGGCAGUGAUACUGGACGUGAGCCUGAAUCAGUUCUGAUGGGUUUUUCUGUAUAUUCUAAUCUUUCCUACAUGAAAAUGAGGAAUCCUUGUCUGAGAAUGAAACUUGGUCAUUCCAUGUCAAGUGAUCCAACUCUUUACUUCAUGUCAUCCAAUUUUGUUAAUAUUUUGUACACUUGUACAAACUAUAAUAGCAGUUACUUCAGGAAUUUCUUUAAAAAGUUUUUCAUUUAAAAGAUAUCUGUAAAGCUAGUAAGGCUUUUCUUUUAAAAACGUGUUCCAAAGCCGAGUUAUAGCUUGCUCUGGCGUGAUGGAAUUAACUCUUUGAAAGAAUUCUUGUUAGUUUUUGAUAUGUAUUGACCCAAAUAUGUGUUAUGUGUCAUAUCUGUGCCUGGAUCUUCCAUACCAUUUGCUAAUCAGUUCAAUCUGCUUUUCAAUUUAGCGUGCUGAUGUGAAUGGAGCCGUGGGAGUGAGUAUUGAGAUUUUUUGUUUUGGUUUUAGUGGGAAAGUGGAAGGGAGAUGAGGAAGAAAGGAAAAGUUAUUCUCUGUCACAAUAUAACCUCAGCCAGGGAAGAAUUCACAGAGCUAAAAUGCUUGCCCUUUACAAAGCCAGGAAUUUUAAAAGAUUAUAUUUUAGAUAUAAUCUGCUGCACCCUCUAUCCUAAAACUGGACUUUGGCCACAUAUUCUAUCAAAGGACACUUUUAUAUAGUGGACUGUGUACUGAUGGUUCUUCAGAAUAAACAACUGUGGUCUGUCAAGUGUUGCAGAUUAUAAGGGGUGCAAACAACAUGAAAGCCUAACAAGUUUAAUUUGUUUUUCAUUGUAGGGUUUGCAAGGUGUAUUGAGCGUGAGUAUUGUGAAACCUUUGAAUGAUUAUUAUAUCGUAUGUAGUGUGAAAAUGGAAAGCAGGAAGGGAAGGAAGGAGGUGGUCAGAGGAUGAUCCCAGCAAGGGAAGAACUCAUUGGGCUAUAAUGUUUGCCAUUUGUUACAGGCAGGCAAAUUUUGAUACCCAAGCAGAGAAUUAUAAAAUUUAGCACAAAAACAUAGGAAGUUCAACUUGUUAUUUCCAUUUAGUUCUUCUCUUUUUCAAAAUAUGAUCCAAGCCAGGGAAGAACAGACAGUUAAUAUGAUUGCCCUUUUUUAAAGGUAGGCAUUUGUGAAGAGCAUUUGAUUAUCAUUUGCUGCUUCCCUAAAUUCAUUGCUGACAUGAAGGAAAUCAAAGCUGGGAUGUCUUAUUGUAGGUGUCUCCAAGAUAGUGUAAUAUGUAACUGGACUUGGAUUGACAUCCCUUCAUAUCUCUCCGUAGCCUCCCACAGCCUUCCAGAGGCCUCGCACAACCUUCCCAGAGUUUGGCAAGGUAGUAGUAGGCCUUGAGCGAAUGGUUCCAUGGGGCCUUCCUCACUUUGCAUGGUUUUGCCUUUGUACGUAAACCCCCGAAACAUGACGCCCAUGGGAAUUGCAGAUCUACUGUACUGUAUAUUGUCACUUCAUAUGACAAGUCUUGUGUUUCCUGUUGGUGUAAAGCUUUUGGGAGCAUUGGAGUGUGAAUGCCUCAUGAUUAACUGGAGUAUCUGAAUAUCUCUUGAAGGCCAUGUAAUUUGAGUUGUAUUAAAAUGUUCAUAUCUCACAUAUCCUUCCUGGAAAAGGUCACUUAGUAUUGCUAACAGCUGUAAUAAAAGCAAGAAUCCGUGAAGGAAAGGAAGCAUAUGAAACAAACAAGCAGCAUGUAAUAUGAACCUGGACUUGAUUCCAUAUUGUUCAACUGGACUUGGACCAGGCAUCCCCUCUAAGAGAACACAUUUUAAUUGAAGACUGUCUGGUGAUAGUUAUCUAUUUUCAUAGGCAGUCAUCCGUAAUGUAGGGCAUCUGAAAGCAUAAUAAGUUCAAUUUGUUUUUCAAUUUAGGGUCUUGAUUUGAGCAACUUACCGAGCGUGAGUAUUCUGGAACUUUUCUGUAUUUUUUAUAUAGUCCGUAGUGGGAAGGCAGUAGGGAGGCAAGGUGGAAGUUCUUUUCUGCCUCAGAAUAUGAUCCUAGCGAGAAAAGAAUAUGAUAAAUAAUCGAUUCUCCUGUUGUAAGCAGCCUACUAUAGAAGGAACCCUUUGCAGCUGAAUUAUCUCUUUUCUUCAUAGUAGUGUUAGAUCAUGGUAUAUAUUAGAUUUGGUCCACAUUUCCAGAAAUACUAUCUUGAAGAGUUUGCUACUUAAGCAACAAGGUUACUCACAGUUUCCUGCAGAGUUUCAGGUGUCUCUUAGGAUCUUAGUAGGCCACUCCCUUCCCUUGGGGCGGGGUUGCGGGCAGGCCCCACACUCCAAGUGUGGGGAGAGAGCCAGUGUGGUUAAGAGCGAUGGACUUGUAAUCUGGGGAACCGGGUUCGCGUCUCCGCUCCUCCACAUGCAGCUGCUGGGUGACCUUGGGCCAGUCACACUUCUCUGAAGUCUCUCGGCCCCACUCACCUCACAGAGUGUUUGUUGGGGAGGAAGGGAAAGGAGAUUGUGAGCUGCUUUGAGACUCCUUAGGGUAGUGAUAAAGCGGGAUAUCAAAUCCAAACUCCUCUUCUUCUUCCCACCGUGUUCAGCGGGGGUGUGGCAGUGCCCUCACAUCAUGGGGGAGUCCCGGCCGCGUCACACCCCCACUGACCAAUCCAGUCGGCCAUGGCCGUGGCUUAUAGCAUUUACGCAGCCACACGGCCUGGUUGUUCUCCAUCUUGGUUCCUGCCUCAGCACAUCCACAGGGCUCCCCCUACUGGUGGUUGACCCUUACUGGACUACCUGCAUGUCGGGCAGGAGUCAGAUAUAGUCAGUUCAAUUCCAAUGCCUAAGCCAAUACCACUCACAUUCUGUGACCAGUUAAGUUGUGGCCUUUAUUAGCCCAUUAACCUAAAAUACUGGUGUCCAUGUGUUUUAUUAUUCAACAAAUGGGGGAAAGCUCAGGGCCUUGACAUGCAAUGCAGCACAUGGAAAUAUGGGACAAUGCUGCCUAUUGGAUGUUGAGGUCCUCUCCCUUAUACACCUCAGUGAUGAAUGCUUGAACUGCUGAGGAAAGACUAACUAUAUACACACUUCUAUAUUUCAGAGUGUUGCUGGUGUAGUUGUGAGUAUUGCUGAUACUUUUAAAUGAGCAAUAUUUUGGUUUACCACGAAAGGGGCAUUAUUACUAUUGUUAGUAUUAUUUAACUAGAUGAUACCCAGUAGCUUCUUUUGCAUUUGUGUGUAAUCUUUGUUUGUGGCCCUAGCAACAUUAGUGCAGUCUGAGUAAUAGCAGUACUAUGGUUCUCCAACUGGAAAUGGAGAGAAGCAACAGGUUGAGCCUCUGCAUAAAGUUGUUAACCCCAUUCCCACCCCCUAGUGCUGCAUUUCAUGUGGGGACCCCAAAUGCUUCCCCCUCAGAAUAGUGCCUCAUUUCCCACCCCCCAAACAGGGCUGGAAGGCAGGAAAAAUAGCACUGAGCAUGAAAUGCAAAUCUUACCCCCUGGGGGCAAGGGAGGCGCGGUUGGGGAAAGGAGUGGUAUUCAAGAAUCCAUUUAGCCUUCUGGUAUCUUACAUGGCUGAGUUUUCUACCACAAGCCUAGAAUGGAAAACAGACAAAUGUGCAGAUUGGUGCCUCAUUAUUUGCAUUUUUAUCUUGUAUUUACAUCUUGUGGACCACCAUGAGAUCUUCUGAUUAAGGGCAGUAUAUAACAAAUAUAUUAAAUAUAAACAAUCGUAAGAAACAUUUUACAGUAGCUCUGAGCCUACAAAAGCUUCCCUCAGUGUGGAAAUGGUUGCCUUCCUUGGUCUAUUUAUUCAGAGGAGACCAACUGAAAUUAAUUACCUAAGUUAGUCAUGUCCAUUAAUUUCAGUCAGUCUUCUGUGAGUAAAAUAUAUAUUUCUCAGUGAUAAGCAAAUCUUUGUUCUGGGUAGCCUCUCCUUCCUUUCAAUUAAAUGCCUGUUUGCUAGUCAUUUAGUGACCUGUAGUGACUUACCUAAGGAAACAGAGAAAUAACUUGUGUCUUUUGCUUCUUUUUCAACAACAAUCUACCUGAGCAGUAAAGAAUUGUAAGUAUUUCUAUGUACAUAGUCUACAUAUGGUUCAUCUGUGUCAUUAGCAAUAUCCUGGUGGGACUGAAAUACUUCAGGGGAAAGGAUUACCUUUCUCUGAGAGCCUCCUAUGUGUGAAAUAUUUUCUAGUCUGUAGAGAAGCUGUCAGAUUAGGGGGUAGGAUGGGUACCCUGUCACCACUGAAUAUGCUUUGACUCAAAUCCACAGUAUAACAUAUAUACUCCAUCAUACAAAAUGAAAUCAAGACCCUACUAAUAAAACUUCAGCUCAGUUGACUAGAUAACAUACUCAACUCUGAUGAUAAACUGGAGAGUUAAAGUUGGGCCUGUGGUGAUACCACUCACUGCCUGGACUCCUGAGAAAUGAUGCUCUGCAGAUAUUGUUGGAUGCUAAGUCCCAUCAUUGUUGACCAUUGGCUAUGCUGUCUAGGAAAAAUGGGGAUUGGGUUCAAGAAUAUUGGUAGGUUGUCCCUCAAUUCCCUUUAGAAUAAGAUUGUCAUCACUAGAUUAAUUUAUAUGAUUUACUUUAUUAUUUCCAGAUGUAUUACGGACUGAACAUACCUACGCUCCUGGACCAGAUUGACAAUGACUUCUUGCUCCUGCGCACUCCACAUUGCCACUCCAAAGCCAAUCAAGUGAAACCAGAGAAUCACGAAUCAUACUAGUACACUUUAGAUAAUUUCUGUAACUGAUUUUGUUGUCUUUGUAAUAGAAGGCAGAGGGCACUAAAAACUGCCCCACUACCCCCCUGGAGG